GGAGCAGAUGCCGAAUAUUACAAUGUGAAGAGCAAAUCAGAAUGCCUCAAAACCACUCGGGACAAAAUACGCCGCUCAAUUCUCAAUCGCCUAAGGGACCCUAAGAACCGAUUUGUCUGGCUGCGUGGUUCGCCUGGGACUGGGAAAACCGCGAUAUCUAUAAGCGUAGCUUCCACACUUGACAAGCAGCGCACGCUUGCAGCAUCCUUCUUCUGG